UACAUUUUCUCCUCCCUAAUCAACUGCCCAGCAUCACCAAGGUAGUUGAGUAUUUAAGCCCAGUUCGCCCUGAAACUAACAGGAUGAGAGCAGGUACUCCAUUUGUCCAGCAUGAGCCAUAUUUUGAUGCUCCACCUCACACUUUUUACAACCGCUGCCACCAUGAACAUCCAUAACAGCAGCAGCAGCAAUGGAUCUCCAAAUCACAAGCUGCUCAUUGGCUUCCAGGCUCCGUGGAACGUGUCCUUCCCCUUCAGCGCCCGGCGGCUGGGCUCGGCCAUUCAGAUAGCCGUGGAGAAGGUGAACAACAACCCCUCCUUCCUGGGCAACUACAGUCUGGAUUUUGUGUACAAGGACACCGACUGUAAUCCCAAAGAGUCCCUGGGAGGAUUCAUCCAGCAGGUGUGGAGAGAAAAUGUGACAGCUCUGUUUGGUCCAGUGUGUCCUGAGGAAGCAGAGGUUACUGGUCUAAUUGCAUCAACGUGGCACGUUCCCAUGUUCGGCUUCGUGGGGCAGUCCUCCAAACUGGAAGAUAAGGUAAUGUACGAUUCCUACAUCAAAAUCAUGCCCCCUCUCAAACGAAGCUCAGAGGUCCUGGUGAAGACCCUGGAGUUCUUCGGGUGGAGUCACGUGGCAAUGAUCGGAGGGGGGUUGAAGACGAACACCUGGGACAAAGUGGAUGCUUUGUGGAAAACGGUGGAGAACCCUCUCAGGACCCAUUUCAAAUUGACGGCAGAACUGAAGUUUGACACCAGUAAUCCUGACCUUGUUUAUGAGAACAUCAAGUACAUCUCAACAGUCGCCAGAGUUAUUGUGGUGCUAACAAACAGAGAGGACUCCAUGGCUCUGCUGCUGGAGGCUGAGCGUCAGGGUCUGAUGAAUGGCGACUAUGUGUUCUUCCUGAUGCAGCAUUUUGAGGAUAACUGGUGGAAAAGUGCCCUGAACAGCGGGGCAAACCCGGACAGCAAAAGAGCUUUUGCCAUGACAUUUGUCAUUGGGCAAAAGUCCUAUGAAGGAUACGAGUACUAUGAUUUCUUCAAAGAGGUUUUUCAAAGACUAAAAGGACAUCCUUUCUGGAGUAACCUGACAUCUGAAAGUGAGGUUAGCCCGUAUUCAGCCUACCUUCACGAUGCAGUACUUCUUUAUGUGAUGGGACUGAAGGAAGUCCUGAAAGAAGGAAAGGAUCCUCACGACGGCAGACAGCUUCUGGAGAAACUGAAAACCAGAGAAAAAUUUAGAUUUCAUGGUGCCUCUGGGCUGGUUCACUUUGAUGAGGAGGGGGAGAGAUGUAUGGACUAUUCCAUUUAUGACCUGCAGCAUGUGGGAGGCAGCACCAUGUUUGUGCCCAUCCUGAAUUUUGAAAGUGAAACAAAAAGUGUCAGACCGACAUCUGUGUUUGCUUCUGUGAUUUGGCCAAAGGGAAAGCCUCCGUCUGAUAUCCCAGAAUGUGGUUUCAAUGACGAGCACUGCGAGUGGCUGACCAAUGAAAUCGCCCUGCUGGCUGUCCUUGUGACCUUCCCCCUCAUCGGCGUGGUGGCGGUUUUGUGGAUCGGGGUCCUGAUGCUUCAAAAGUUUCGGCUCCAGACGAGGCUGGAUGACUCCAACUGGUGGAUAAUCAACUACGGCGACAUCACCAUCAUCAGAGAGCCCACAGCAAACCAGGGUUUGUCUCAAAGCUCUACAGGCAGUCACAGCGGGAGCAGCAGCUGUCAGAGCACCUUUUCAAGCCACAGCUAUGACCUGCGGGACAAAACCGGCAGAGAGCACAUCUACACAACGAUAGGCCUCUACCAGGGAAAUCAAGUCGCCGUCAAGUACAUCAAGAACCCUAUAAACUGUAAUUUCCAGAAACCUUCAGUGAUUGCAGAAUUCAAUCUGAUGAAGGAGAUGAAACAUGAAAACUUGGUGCAGUUCUUCGGCGUGUGCAUUGAGCCACCAAACAUCUGUUUGGUCAUUCAGUAUUGCAAGAAAGGCAGUCUGAAGGAUGUUUUUGGGGCCUCUGAUGUUGAUCUGGAAUGGAUGUUUAAGCUCUCAUUUGCAUAUGACAUUGUUAAUGUUAUUUUUGAAUAA